AUGAACGCAACUGAAGAAGAAUCGAAUGUUCCUGAAAACGUUUUUGAAGAAAACAAUGAAGACAGUGAAGAAGAUAGCGAUGUUGACAUUGUUGUAGUAAAUCGACAUUUUUCUUUAUCGUCAAUAAUGGAAGACAUUGAAAGUAUGGGCACUAAAAAUGGUGUUCAUGCUCACGAGUAUUCUAUUGGAACCACUAAAGGAAAACCAUGGUUAAAACCUGGUGCUGAUAUUAAUGAUUAUUGUAGCUACGGCUUUAAUGAAAGCACGUGGUUAGCAUACUAUGAACAUCAAAAGAAAAAACGUUGUAAUGAAUCAUUGAAAAAUGGAGAUUCUUACAAAAAAUUAAGACCUGAUUUGGCAAGAAAUGAAGAAUAUUAUGUCUCCCGUUUUAAAAAAGAAACAGAAGAUCGAGCAUAUGAACGAGAACGUGAAGGUCGUAAUCGAUACCGUGAUGGAGAACCUGAUAGGGAUAGGGAACGUAGUAGAUACAGAGAGAGAGGGGUUGAAAGUCCAGAAAAAACCAAUAAAGAAGCUAGAAAAUAUAAACACAAGUCUCACCGUCAUCGUUCUAGAAGUACUCAUGAUAAACGUUCUAGGAAACAAAUAUCGAAAUAG